CUUUCGCGUUCGAGCAACCUCACACGCUUCGCAAAUCGCCAGCAUGGGUCUCCUCAAAGCUCAGGAUGGUACAUCCGAUCCUAUCAUCACGCGCAUGGUGGCGGACGAUAAGGUACCGUGGUAUAAGAAACGCAACCUGCGAUUAAUGUACCUCUACCUCUUCUGCUGCUGCAUGGGCGUCGAGAUCACCUCUGGGUUUGACUCACAGCUCAUCGGCACGCUCCAGUUCUCCGAACCUUUCAACAAAUUUUUCGGGAAAGGUUACAGAGACAAGAACAAAAAGCUCAGCAUUGAACCAUCUGUUAUUGGUUUCAUGUCGUCUUGCUACCAGCUCGGUUCAAUCCUCGCAGUCCCGAUUGCUCCGUGGUUAAACCAGAAGUAUGGCAGGAGAUUCUCCAUCAUGCUCGGCUCUGCAAUCAUGGUCGUUGGCGCUAUCUUGCAAGGUUUCGCACAGCACAUCGGAAUGUAUAUCAUUGCACGUAUGAUACUCGGUGUCGGCAUCCUUUUCUGUAUUAUCUCUGGCUCUGCUUUGAUUGGAGAGCUGGGCUAUCCGAAAGAACGCCCUUUCCUGACCUCGCUUUUCAACGCCUCUUACUUCGUGGGAUCUAUUCUUGCCGCAGCCAUCUCAAUUCGCACAACAGGGAUUGUGGGAAACUGGAGCUGGCGUGUACCAUCCUUGCUGCAAAUCUGUCCGUCCAUCUUGCAGAUUUGCACAGUCUACUUGCUGCCCGAGAGCCCUCGUUGGCUAGUCAGCAAAGAUCGCGACGAUGAAGCUUUCGCAGUCUUAGUCAAAUACCAUGCUGAAGGAGACGCCAACUCCGUACUCGUACAAGCCGAGAUGGCUCAGAUUCGAUCUACGAUCAAACUUGAGAUGGAACACUCGAAGCAAUCCUGGUUUGACAUGCUCCGAACUCCUGGUAUGCGGCGACGAGUGCUCAUCUCCGCUUUUCUCGGUCUCUUCACUCAGAUGAGCGGAAACACUCUCUUGUCAUAUUACCAGAGCUUGCUGUUCUCUCUCAUGGGAUACACUAGCACCUACGCGAAAACCCGAAUUAAUAUUGCAAAUCAAUGCUGGAGCUUGAUCAAUGCAGUAAUCAUCGCCAUUACGGUUACCCGAUUCCGACGUCGACGGAUGUUUAUGCUUUCCGCAGCAUCUAUGACAAUGAUAUUCAUGGCUAUGACAAUUUGCUUCCAAAGACUCCAACUCGCUAAAGCCAACGGCCAAAAGAACAAUCCGGCCCAAAUAGCUGCCCUGAUUUUCUACUUCGCGUACUCGCCUGCAUACAAUAUCGGAAACAACUCGCUCACUUACACCUACCUCGUCGAGCUGUUCCCAUACGCCCAGCGAACCAUGGGCAUCGGUAUCGAGCAAGUCUUUGGGAAGUUGGCGGCCUUCUUCUCUAUUUAUGUCAAUCCCAUCGCUCUUGACGCCAUUGAAUGGAAAUAUCUUGCCAUCUACUGUGGGUGGAUCACCUUCGAGUUCUCGUUUGUGUACUUCAUGUACCCUGAGACCUACAAUCGCACACUUGAGGAGUUGGCUUUCUUGUUCGAAGACAAGGCGCUCGCUGAUGAGGCUGUCAAGGCUGUCGAGAAGCAGGUCAACGAGACUCAUCAUGAAGGUAUCACCGAGCAUGGAAAGGACGAGACAAACACGAUUGAGCGCGCCGCCUGAACACUUAAACCAUCUAACGGAUGACAAAGAUCACAACUUUCUUACCUAUAAUUGAGAAAUGCAAACUCAGAUGUUGUACCAACAGCGCAU